GCGGCGCAGGCCGAGGCCGAGGCCGAGGCGCUCGCAGGCGAGCACGGGCCGCAGGGGCCUCGGCACCAGCCGCGGCAGGCACCGGCAGGCCAGGGGGCGGAGCUGCCAGGCAUGACCCUGCAGCGGCUGGGGGAGGGGUGCUCGGCCAGCAUCGAGGCAGCGCUGGAGGCCCUGGAGCAGGAGCUCCAUGCCGCGCGGCAGCUGGGGCCAGGGCUGGCGGAGAAGCAGGAGGCAUCGCUUCUCUUUGCUCGGCAGGAGCUGCAGCAGUCCCAGCGGGCGAUGCAGAAGGAGGAGGGGGCACUGCCCAGCCGCGCGGCGGAGAUCGAGAACCUGAAGCGGGCGCUGGGGGAGGCGGAGCAGCACGUCGCGGAGGUCCUCGGGGAAAAGGCUGCCUCGACGGAGGCCUUGCGGCAGGAGCUCGCGUCGGCUCAGCGGGCGCAGCAGUCCGAAGCGGGCGCGCUCGCCCUGCGCGACGCCUCGCUCGAGGCCCUGCGGCACGAGCUGCGCAGCUCCCUAGAUGCGCAGCGGCAGAGCGAGCGGGCCCUGGCCGGCCACGACUCGUGGCUCCAGGGCCUGAAGCAGGAGAUGCAGGACGCCAAGCUGCAGAGCGCGGACACCCUGGCCAGAUACGCGGCAGCGCUCCGCGCCCUGAAGCAGGAGCAGCGCGAGGCCGAGCGGCGCGGCGCGGAGGCGCGGCAGCGCGGCGCGGAGGCACUGGCCGAGCGAGAGGCCCGCUGCGAGAGCGUGCUGCAAGAGCUGAAGGCGUCUCGCGAGGAGCACGCGGCCUCGCUCCUGGCUCUCCAGGAGGAGCUGCAGCAGUCCCAGCGGGCGGUGCAGCGGGGGGAGGGGGCACUGGCCGGGCACGAGGCGGUGCUGGAGGGUGCCAGGCAGGACUUGCAGCCGGAGGCGCCGGCCGGCCACGAGGAGGUGGUCCAGCACUUGCGGCAGGAGCUCUUGGCGGAGCAGCAGCACGGCGCGGAGCUGCGGGGGCUGCGGCGGGAGCUGGAGUCGAUGGAGGAGGCACAGCGCCUGGACGAGGAGGCUUCUGCCGAGCGGGGCCCCUCCGGGGGAGCCGCGGCGCGCCGUUCGCGGGAGAGCGAGGAGGCGUCGGCCGGCCCCGAGGCGGCGCUCGUCGGCGUGCGGCAGGAGCUCCACGCCGCGCGGCAGCUGGUGGCGGGGGUGGCGGAGAAGCAGGAGGCGUCGCUCCUCUACCUGCGGGACGAGCUGCAGGAGUGCCAGCGGGCGGUGCAGCAGGGGGAGGGCUGCUCGGCGAGCCUCGAGGCGGCGCUGGAGGGCCUGCAGCAGGAGCUCCAGGCCGCGCGGCAGCUGGGGCCGGGGGCGGCGGAGGAGCAGGAGGCCUUUUUCCUGUUUCUUCGGCAGCAGCUGCAGCUGUCCCGGCAGGCAAUGCUGCAGGGGGAGGAGGCGCUGGCCAGGCAGGAGGCGGCGCUGGAGGGGUGGGAGGACCUCGACGCGGCAUGGGCCUGCCAGGAGGGGGCCCGCAGUUCCGACGAGACGGUCUUGCAUCUGCGGCAGCAGCUCCAGGCGGCCCACCAGCUCGGUGUGGAGCUGCUGGGGCUGCAGCAGGAGCAACAGCAGGAGCUUGAGUCGGUCGAGCGAGCACAGCACGUUCGGGGAGAAGCCUUCGCCGAGCAGAGCGCCCAGCUCGAGGCCACGCGGCGCGAGCUGCAGCAGUGCAGAGCGCAAGGGCGAGGCGUGGAACCCUUGUCGAACGAGUCUGUUGCCGUCCAGAGGUUGCGGCAGGAGCUCCAGGAGGCAGACCAGCGCGCGGAAGAUGCGAUCAGUCAACAUGUAGCUGCCGUCGAGACUUUGCGGCAGCAGCUGGCGCUGGUCACGCGUUCACAGCAGAUGGGUUUAGAGGCUUAUGCCGAAAGGGACACCGCGCUCGACAGCAUCCGGCGCGCCCUGAGUUCGUCGAUGGCCGCCCAAAAGCGGGGGGAGGAGGCCUUAGCCAAGGCAGCCCUGCAGCGUCUGGCGCCCUGCGUCCAAGACGAGCACCAGCGUGGCGAGGAGGUCGACGCGUCCAUCGAAAGCCUGCACGAAGAACUCAGAUCGGCCGAACAUGCGCAGCAGCUUGGCGAGCAGGCGGCCGACGAGUUGGAUGCAUCUCUCGAGACGGCCCAGCACGAGAUGCAGGUGUGCCAGGAGGCGGAGUUCCGGGGGGAGGUGGCCAUGACCAGCCGCGACAAGGCGCUUGAGGGCAUGCGGCUGGAGCUCGGGGAGGCGCGCAGGCGCUGCGCGGCUGACGAGGACGGGCCGUCCACCCGGGCCUUGCGCAGAGGACUGGGCCCGCCCGAGCCGGCGCCGCCGCCCGCCGUCGCCGGAGCACCUGGCGGCGUGGCCGCCGCCGUGGCCGAAGGCCUGCGCCAGGAGCUGCGCGAGGCGCAGCUGCGCAGCCGCGCGGCGGCGGCCGAGCAAAGCGCCUCGAUCUUCUUCCUGCGACAGGAGCUGCGGGAGGCCCAGCACGAGGCCGCGGCCGCGGAGGAGGCGGCGGCGGGGGCGUGGCCGAGCGAGCUCUGCGGGGCGCCCGCGCGGCAGCACGGUGCGCAGGCGGCGGCGGACGGGUUGCGGCAGGAGCUGAGGGAGUUCCAGCGGCUUCUGCUGGGCGCGGAGGCUGUCGCCCAGCGCCACGCCGGGGCGGACGACCUGGCGUAG